AUGAGGUUUCAAGCCCACAUUCCGCUGGUGGGUUCGCUAGUUCGUUCCCUCCAUUUCUACAUAAGCACGUAUCCAUUUCUCACAUACAUCAGUGAUCCCGAACACAUCGAUAUCAAUUAUGCAAUCUUCAUAAAUAACACAGGAAUAGAAGACACGAAAACGAAAUUACAUUAUGAUAACAUGUUCGAAGCACAAAUCGAUGUCACUUACACUGCUUUGGAAAAAGCUGGAUUUGAGAAGAUGGAGGUUAUAGUAUUGGAAACCGGAUGGGCUUCAAAUGGUGAAGCGAAUGAAGCCGGAGCUAUGUUGAGUAAUGCGAGAACAUAUAAUCUCAACAUAUUGAAAAGACUAGUGAAGAAGAAAGGUACACCUUACAGACCAAAUUCAGAAAGAGACUCGCCUUUCUGUCCAUCUGCAAUUUCUGAAAUCCCUAAUCACCUAAUCAAAGCAUGCACAGCCCUAGGCGACUUCGGUGAAGAAUCCUCUCUUCCUACUCUCUGGGACGCCUUGCCUACAAUCGUCGUCGUCGGUGGUCAGAGCUCUGGAAAAUCAUCUGUGUUGGAGAGUGUAGUUGGCAAGGAUUUUUUGCCUCGUGGUUCUGCUGUGAACUUUACCCUCAUUGAUCUUCCUGGCUUGACAAAAAUAGUUGUUGAGGGGCAAUCUAAUAGCAUUGUGCAAGAUAUUGAAAACACGGUGAGGUCAUACAUUGAAAAGAUGAUGUCGAAUCCGGAAUCGAUAAGAAUGGCGACAGAUAGCAUGAAAUACAUGAAAGUUGAGGACUUGAGGCAUGCUGGAGAACAGUUGAAGUCAACUCGACCAGAUGAGAUGGCAGAGAUUGGUGAGAAGAUGGCCAAUGCAACACCUGAGGAGCUAGCUGCUAUGCACUCCAGAGUAUAUGCACAAUUAACUUAUGAAUUGAAUGCAGCUCAGAUGCUGAAAAAACAGGAAGCUAAUAACCGAAAUAACAAUAUGCUACCACCUCCAUGGGCAAUAGCUGUUAUGUUCAUCCUAGGAUUUAACGAGUUUAUGACACUUUUAAGGAAUCCAUUAUGGCUGCUUGUUAUUUUUGUGGGUUAUCUUCUUUUCAAAGCUUUGUGGGUCCAACUAGACAAAUCCGGAAUUCUGUCUUUAUCCUUGAAGUUUCUUCCUACAGUCACAAAUCUGCUUAGAAAACUAGUCGAAGAGGGGCAAAAGCCUGUUGCAACCCAACCACAAGUAUUAGGGAGUUUUCAAGGGGUAGUUUCGUCAUCUGGCUCAUCUGGUGUAACCAUGGAAAAUGGAAAUGGAACCGAGAUGGAAAGUCGGGCAAUGCUUCAAGCGUUUACUUGCCAUCCAGGCCAUGUGGACAGCCGCCCAUGA